AACAAAACCAUACUCAGAACAAGUAAAAGAAACUAAAAGGGUUUAUACUUUGAAGAAAACAUGGUACUUGAAAACUCCUCUAAUCACAAAUCUCAUCACCACCGCAACUCGAUGAAAGAGUUCCGAGUUUCCUAUGCAGCUGAAGAGCCAAAAAAGGUCUUGGAGUGUGUGGAUAUAAGGAGGACAAAGAGCGAGAAGGUGAGCAGGAGAAAGGCUAUAAAAGAAGAGAAUGUUGACAAGGAAGCAGAGGCAUUCAUAAGGUUUGAGCAUAGCAAGUGGUUGACUGAGAGCAGCUAGCUAGUCUAUUAACUAUGAGUAAGAAACAAUAAGGACAUACCAUAUCAUAUAUAGAUUGUAUUAAAUGAUCUAUGUAUAUUGUGCUCGUCUUUUUUUUUUUUGGGUGUGCAACCAUCUUCUUGUUUUUAUUUUGGUUAUUGUAACAAAAUGGAUGCUGUUUCCUUUAAGCUAAAAGGUGCAUGGAAUAAACCAUUACAUACUAUAACCAUAUAGUACUCACUUUU